AAGGUAGGUGCUUCCCUUUUCCCCCCUCACACUGAGGUGGGGCUGGGACCUCCGGACCCAGCUUCUCACCUCGUGGGGUGCACCUUUUUCGGCUCCAGCAGCCGAUGCGCAUCGGAGCCGCUCUCUGCAGAGCCAGAGGGCGGGUGGGCUUCUCGGUGUGCGCCUAAGAGAAUGGAUCGUAGGUCCCGGGCUCAGCAGUGGCGCCGAGCUCGCCACAACUACAACGAUCUGUGCCCACCUAUCGGCCGCCGGGCAGCCACCGCGCUCCUCUGGCUCUCCUGCUCCAUCGCGCUCCUCCGCGCCCUUGCCACCUCCAACGCCCGCGCCCAGCAGCGCGCGGCCGCCCAGCAGCGCCGGAGCUUCCUUAACGCCCACCACCGCUCCGGCGCCCAGGUGUUCCCCGAGCCCCCCGAAUCUGACCACGAGCACGAGGAGGCAGACCUCGAGCUGUCCCUCCCCGAGUGCCUAGAGUACGAGGAAGAGUUUGACUACGAAUCCGAGAGCGAGACCGAGACCGAGUCUGAAAUCGAAUCCGAGACCGACUUCGAGACCGAGCCUGAGACCGCCCCCGCCACUGAGCCCGAGACCGAGCCCGAGGACGAGCGCGGCCCCGUGGUGCCCAAGCACACCACCUUCGGCCAAUCUCUCACCGAGCGUCUGCACGCUCUGAGACUGCGGAGCCCCGACGCCUCCCCGAGUCGCGCGCAGCCCAGCACUCAGGAGCCCCAGAACCCCAGGCAGGGGGAGGAGCCCGAGCCCGAGCCCGAGGACAAGGAUCCGAGGGACCCCGAGGAGUCCGAGGAGCCAAAGGAGGAGGAGAAGAAGCAGCAGCGCCGCUGCAAGCCGAAGAAGCCCACCCGCCGCGACCCAUCCCCGGAGUCCCCUUCCAAAAGGGGACCCAUCCCCAUCCGGCGUCACUAAUGGAGGACGCCGUCCAGAUUCUCCUUGUUUUCUUUGAC